AUGGCAACACUAUUCGGCAUGGAUCGUAAUCGGAUAACCACUAUGUUCCUGGUGAUGUUUUGGAGCCGGUUCAGCGUAAGCGUCAUAACAGAUGUGCAACUUGUUGGUGGACCGGAUUCUAAUAAAGGAACAAUUGAGAUCAAGAUAGACAACGGGACAUGGGAGACAGUAUGUGGGACUAAUUUCGAUACCACCGAUGUUAUUCUUAUCUGCCAACAUUUGGGAUUCAAGGGAGCAAACCGGGCAACACAGCAGACGCUUUCUGGACAGAAUCCAACUCCCAACCACGGGUUAUUUUGUGAUGAAAAUGACACUAGCCUGUCUGAGUGUUCGCUCGUACAAUCAUCGGGAUGUUCGUCAGCAGGAGCAGCUUCUUGUCACGGUGAUAGAUAUCUUGGAUGUUUUGUGGAUAUGUCGAAUGCCAGGGCAUUGUCUGGCGAAAGUCAGAAAAAUAGUUCAUCGAUUACCAUUACAUAUUGCAUCCAGUUUUGUAACGAGUCUAUCACAGCUAAUUAUACUUAUGCUGGUGUUGAAAAUGGAAAUGAAUGCUACUGUGGUGAAGGCAGUGAUAAUUAUACUCAACAUGGAGUAGGACCAGACAUGUCAGAUAAAAACUGCCAAUUCCCAUGCUCAGGAGACCCUACCGAGAGUUGUGGUGGAUCUGGAUACAUAGCUGUUUUUAUCAGCAAAUCCAUCAUAUGUCCAGCCGCCAUGGUGACAACGAUGAAUACGCCAACUGAAUCAAUUGUUACCUCACCACCACCGACGACAUCCGAGGUAACUUCCACCAACCAAACCGCCACAACAAGUAACGAAAAUGUGAUUUCGACAUCGUUGUCAUCGUCAUCAUCAGUUUCAUCAUCUCUGAAAACUGAAGGGACGUCCAAUCUUCCCACAGUGGGAAAUAGCACAGGCUUAUAUGCAGGGAUUGGCGGAGGUGUUGCUGCUGUUAUCAUCAUCAUCAUAAUCAUCGUCGCCGUUGCGUAUACCAGGAAGAGAAGGGCCCAGCAGAGGACAAAGAGUAUCGCCUCGUCACCAAGAACGACGUUGCCUCCAGCCAGCAGGCAUCCAGCAUACGAUGAGAUAAAUGACUUCGGUAUCCCCAACGGUGCAAUGGCAGAGGCGUCGUCAGCAAGGAGCUACCAACCUGGGGCACAAGCACACAGUAGCGCGAAUUCUUGUAGAGGAGACAAGAACGUUCUCCUUGUAAAUCUGAAUCCCAGGAAAUCAUCGAAUAUAUAUGAGGGGACAAUGGAUGAAACCCCAGACACAGAACUGACGUCAUAUGCUUCACAUGGCGCCACUGCGGUGAAGCAGAACAGCGACAACCGAUUAAGCGUCCUUUACGCCACGCCAGAUAAGAACGGAAACGGAGCACAGGACGGCUACGACGAAAUUAAUCUCGGAAUUGCACCCUAUUCUUCUUUUGAAAAUCCUAAGCAGCCAACCGCCACGGCGAAGAUGGCCGACAGAAUGAGCGUCGUUUACGCCGCGCCCGAUAAGAACGACGGACGAAACGGCACCUCGGAAGAUAUGGACAGUCUGUAUGCUAUGCCAGAUAAGAAUGGAAACCGGAACAACCCUUCGGAUGAUACCUCGGAGGAUGUCGGCAGUUUGUACGCGAUGCCCGAUAAAUCCCGAGGAAAACCGGAUGGGUACGACGGAGACGAAGAUCUCUACGCUAAAACUAAUGACUCAUUUUCUGGUGAUCAGUAUAAUGAAAUGGAUAUGGUUGAAAAUGAAUUAUAUGCUAUGUAA